AUGAACAGUUUAGAUAAUUUGAAUGCAUAUCUUGGUGGGCCCAACAGUGAGAUCUCUAAAAACAGAAUCACUUCUAAGGAGGGCCCUAAGUUCAUCCUCGGUGGAAGGUUGAUAUUUGGGCCAGAUGCCAAGUCACUGCUUGUCACAUUAUUGUUGAUCAUUGCUCCGGUUGUGAUCUUUUGUGUAUUUGUUGCAUGGCAUCUCCGGCAUGAGUUUUCAUCAUAUAAUGCAGGAUAUGCAAUACUAGUGGUAGCAAUUGUAUUUACUAUCUAUGUGUUGGUGCUUCUUUUUCUUACUUCAGCACGGGACCCUGGGAUUAUUCCACGAAAUGCACAUCCACCGGAGGAAGAGUUUCGUUAUGACCCUUCAGUGUCUAUUGAUGUUGGUGGAAGACAAGUGGCUGCUAAUGCUGGUGGAAGACAGACUCCAAGCCUUCAAUUCCCUAGAACAAAAGAAGUGAUAGUCAAUGGCAUUCCUGUGAGAGUGAAGUAUUGUGACACUUGUAUGCUAUAUCGUCCGCCUCGUUGCUCCCAUUGUUCUAUUUGCAACAAUUGUGUGGAACGCUUUGAUCACCACUGCCCUUGGGUGGGCCAAUGCAUUGGACAGUGCAAUUAUCGUUAUUUCUUUCUCUUCGUUUCUUCUGCAACACUUCUCUGCAUCUACGUAUUCUCGCUAUCAGCUUUAUACAUCAAAAUUCUGAUGGACGAUUAUCACGGGACAGUUUGGAAGGCAAUGAAAGAAUCUCCUGCAUCUGUGAUACUAAUGGCCUAUUGUUUCAUUUCUCUUUGGUUUGUUGGUGGACUAACUGGCUUCCAUUUGUACCUUAUAGGUACCAACCAGACUACAUAUGAAAACUUCAGGUACCGAGCUGACAACAGGAUCAAUGUUUACAACCGGGGUUGCUUAAAUAACUUUUUUGAAGUAUUUUGCACAGAAUUAAAACCCUCAAGGAAUAACUUUCGGGCUUUCGUUGAAGAGGAGUUACAAAGGCCUCCCCCUUUGCCCACUGCACGGGAAAUAGAAUCAGAUGAAUUGGGUGGGGAUCCACGUUCAAAGGUUGAGGAUGAUUUAGAUAUUGGUGAAGAUCUGUUGAAGAUCUCGCAGCGUCGUAACAUUGAAGAAAUUGAUGAGGACAUACGCAGUAGAGGGAGCAACGGACCUCCUCAUAAUACCUCAGAGGUCGACUCUGCUUUGGGUUCAGAUCACCGGGCUCCCACCAUUCGAUCUGAUGCGCGUCACUCUAGUUGGGGAAGGAGAAGUGGGAGCUGGGAAAUUGCACCAGAGGUCAUUGGUAACACGAAUGUCACUGAAGGUAGAGGUCAUGUCACUUCGAAGGAUGUGGUUCAAUGA